AACAAUUUAGAAGAAAUUUUAAAUGAGGAACCUGCUGCCCGUGAAUACUUUGACCAACAGUGGCGCCAUCAUCUUGACAGGUGGAUGCUUCGCUAUAGAAAUGAAGGAGAUGGAACAAACAACAUCUCGGAAUCACAUUUCAAGGUUUUGAAGCACCAGUACUUCCCAGAAAGGCGAAAUCUUCGACUCGAUGAACUUGUCAUCGAGUUAUAUUCCAGUGUUGUUCCUUCAUUCCUGAUUAAGUUGCAAAUUAAAGGUCUGGAUUCAGAGAGAAGUGUUAAAGUUAUCAAAAAAGUCACAAGAGAUUUCGAAGAAAUGACACAAUUUAAAAAAGUCGAAUGCAUCAGUAUGCUUGAAGCUGUUCAGAAAGGUCUGAAAAAUGAUACACUUGAUCCCAACAUUGUUUACUCAACAUUAAAAAUAUUAUUGCAAAGAAAACAUUUGAUUUAA